CAGGGUUCUUCAUGGUUAAUGGAUUGUGCCAAUUUUAGUGCUUGUGUUCCUGUUUUUGGUUCUUCUCAGAUUCUCGUUUAUCUUUGGCAUGUUCGUGAUGAAAGAAACAUGGGUUUGAUCAAACUCUGAAAGAUUCUGAAUGCUUUGAUGAACCCUGUUCUUGAUUAUCCAUUGAGGGAUUGCUAGAUAUUGAUAGUGCUUGUUUCAAAAGAGAAUAAAGCUGAAUCAACAUGAACAAUAGAAAAGAUGAAGAUGAUGAGUCAAGAGAGAGAGGUAUAUUUCCACAUAUAGGGUAUCCAAGUGCACCUCCCUACCCUCCGCCAACUGGGUAUCCAGCACCAGGUUACCCUCCUCCUGGAGGGUACCCUCCAACAGCCUACCCUUCACAAGCUUAUCCACCACCAAUUGGAGGGUAUCCUCAUCCAGGUCACUACCCUUCAGAAUAUCCACCAGCAUAUCCACCACCACCACCACCAGCAUAUCCACCUCCUGGAGGGUAUCCACCUAAUGCUUAUCCUCAUUCAGGGUAUCCACCAGCUUACCCUGCUCCACAUGGUUAUCCACAAGCUAUGACUCCAUAUUCUGCAGGGCGUGGAGCUGGAAUGGGAGGCAUGGGAGGAUUGUUAGCAGGGGGUGCUGCUGCGGCUGCUGUUGCUUAUGGUGCUCACCAUUUGGCUCAUGGACAUCAUCAUCAUUAUGGACAUGGUGGUUACUUUGGCCAUGGAAAGUUCAAGCAUGGGAAAUUUGGCAAACGUUGGAAGCAUGGAAGGUUUGGAUUUGGCAAGUUUAAACAUGGUUGGAAAAGGUGGAAGUGAUGAAGUCACCAUUGUGUUAAAUAUGUAAUUCUGAGUAAGGUCAUGAGUUUAGUUGUGGGGUGAAUAAUGAAUGCAACAGAAACAUAUUACAUGUUUUCAAUCUCUACUUUAUAACAGUUCAGUAAAUUUGACAGCAAGAAAUUACUACU